CAAUUUGGAUAACUCAUUUUAGUCAAAAAAAAAAAAAAUCAUUAUGGAUUACUUUCAUUUUAGUAAAUGGAUUUAAGUGAUAGAGCAUGUGUAAGGCAAAUUGAGCAAAACCAGAAAGUGUAACGCCAAAUUGUUCUACUUUCUGCUGUAUCUUUUGUGCUUAGAGACAGAAUGGAAGCUUAUAAAAGCACCCUAUUGGCUUCACAAUUUCACUGUCUCCUUCCAUUAAAAAAAAAAACAAAAAAACACUUUGGUUUUUCUCAUCUCUUAGAAAACUUCACAUGCAACAAGUUUUUUUUGAGUGAAAAAUCAAAAGAAAGAAUUAAAAAUAUAAUCAUCUAGCUAGCACCAUGUCUUACUCACAGUAUUUGAUUUUGUAUUUUCUUUCUUUCAUUCUUCCUCUCAUUAUAAUCUUCAUUUUCAUCAUAAGAAAGAAAACAAGGUAUAAUCUUCCCCCUGGCAAAAUGGGGUGGCCCUUUAUUGGAGAAACCUUUGGUUAUUUGAAGCCUUACUCUGCCAUCACAAUAGGAGAAUUUAUGGAGAAUCACAUAGCAAGGUAUGGUACAAUUUAUAAGUCAAAAUUGUUUGGAGAGCCAGCUAUAGUAUCAGCAGAUGCAGAAUUGAAUAGAUUCAUACUACAAAACGAUGGAAAAUUGUUUGAGUGUAGCUAUCCUAAAAGCAUGAGUGGAAUACUUGGGGAAUGGUCAAUGUUGGUUGUAUUAGGUGACAUCCAUAGGAACAUGAGGAAUAUUGCAGUUAACUUUAUGAGCUAUGCUAGACUCAAAUCACAUUUUUUGCAAGACAUGGAGAAACAAACCCUUUUUGUUCUAAGCUCUUGGAAACAUAACUCUACAUUCUCAGCUCAAGGUGAAGCAAAAAAGUUCACCUUCAACUUGAUGGCGAAACAAAUCAUGAGUUUGGAUCCAGAGAAUCAUGAAACAGAACAAUUGAAAAAAGAGUAUCUCUGUUUCAUGGAUGGUGUCGUAUCUGCUCCUUUGAAUUUGCCAGGAACUCCAUACAACAAGGCACUAAAGUCUAGGAACACAAUAUUGAAAUUCAUAGAGAGGAAAAUGGAAGAAAGGAUGAAGAGAAGCCAAGAAGGAAAAAAAGAGUUGGAAGAAAAUGAUCUUCUAAAUUGGGUUCUAAAACAUUCAAAUCUUUCCAAUGAGCAAAUUCUUGACUUGAUUCUGAGUUUGCUUUUUGCUGGCCAUGAAACAUCAUCUGUUGCUAUAUCUCUAGCUAUUUACUUUUUGCCUAGUUGUCCUCGAGCUAUACAACAAUUAAGGGAAGAGCACAGAGAAAUAGCUAGAUCCAAGAAGAAAGCAGGGGAGGUUGAAUUAACUUGGGAUGACUAUAAAAGAAUGGAAUUUACUCGUUGUGUUGUGAAUGAAACACUAAGACUAGGAAAUGUUGUGAGGUUUCUUCAUAGGAAGGCUAUCAAAGAUGUUCGGUACAAAGGUUAUGACAUUCCAUGUGGAUGGAAAGUUCUUCCAGUGAUUUCAGCGUCACAUUUGGAUCCUUCAAUUUUUGACCAACCUCAACAAUUCAAUCCUUGGAGAUGGCAAGUGCAGGACAAGAGUAAAAGUGAAAAUUGCACGAACAUAAACAACAAUUUUAUGCCAUUCGGAGGAGGACCAAGGUUAUGUGCAGGAAUGGAGUUAGCAAAACUUGAAAUGGCUAUUUUCAUUCACCAUAUCAUUCUCAAUUACAAUUGGGAGCUAGUCGAUGUUAAUGAUCAUCCUGUUGUACUCCCUUUUGUCGAAUUUCCCAAAGGUUUAUCCAUCAAAGUCCAAAGCCUAGCCAAUGUUUAAUUUAUAUGCGUACAAAAUUCUAUCUAAACCCCUCUCUUUUUAGGUAGUUUGAUUAGCUCUUCCUAAGGAUCGAGUUUAAGUUUGUUGAAAGUACAUUUUUUAAGUAUUUUUGUUGUUAAGACGGACCGACAUAAUAUAUAUGUAUAUAUAUAUAUUAAUUAUGGAA